AUGCCACGAAAUGUGCGACAGAAGAAACGGGCGGAGCGUCGUGUUCAGGCAGCUGCCUCGGCUGCCACAGCUGCUGCCUCGGCUGCUGCUGCCGCUGAUGCAGAGGCGGAGGCAGAGGCACUGCACAACAGUAAUAACAACAACAUUAAUUUGGGCAUUGCUAGCUCAAGCAACAGCAACAGCAGCAGCAGCAUCAACGUCAAUGUCAACGUCAAGAAACCGAAGGCAUCUCGGGCCGAUCCCAUUCUGGCAUCGCUCAGCAAGAAUGCGGUGCGGAUGAGUGAUAUUCAGUUGCUGCAUGGACCGCAUUGGUUAAAUGAUGCGAUACUCAAUUUUUACUUUGCCUAUCUGGAGGAGGUCAAAUACAAAUCAAAUGUGGACUUUCUGUUUGUGACGCCGGAGCUAUCACAAUGUAUGCUCUAUAUGGAUGAUAAGGAGCUGCAUUCGCUGCUUGUCACCCAGCACAAGGCCAUACGCAAACCAUUCAUAUUCAUUGCGAUGAAUGACAACCACUCACGUGAUCGGGGCGGGGCGCAUUGGACGUUGCUGGUUGCCUCACGGCCAGAUAAGAGCUUCUUUCAUUUCGAUUCGUAUGGUGGCAGCAACACGGACAGCUCCAUAGAGCUGGUGAACAACAUUAAGGAUGUGCUGGACAUGCGACAUGCCAGAUUCCGCAGCAUGCGUUGCCUGCAGCAAAGCAACGACUACGACUGUGGCAUACAUGUCAUCUGCAUGGCCGAUCAGUUGACCGACUAUGUGAAUCGAUAUGACAGUGUCGAUGGUGUCCAGCCGUUGCAUCAGGAUGUCAUCAAGGCCAAGCGCAAUCAGCUAAUUAAGCUUGUCGCAUCGCUCGGCCAACAUAUUAAAUACUAGACAUAUGAUAAAAACAUAAAAACAAACCCCAAGAUGACGCAGCAAUAUUACUAUAAUAACUAUCAUAACAACAACAAGAACAACAUCAAUAACAGCAAAUAACAAAAAAAAAAAAACACAAUUAUACACAACAACAACAAUAAUAAUAACAAUAACGCUGGAACUAAAACGCAUUUUCCCCAGGUUAACGAUGCAUCUGAUUGUUUAUAUAUAUAUAUAUAUAUAGAUAUACUCCCCUCCCCCCACUACCACUUACUCACUUUUACUGUGGAAAAUGCGUUUUGUUUUCGUUGACAAACACACACACAUACACACACACAUUGUAAUAUUUACACUGUUAACGGGUUUUUAUUGGUGCUGUAACAAGAAAUUCAUUUCAUGAUCUCAAAGUAGACAUUAAAUGCAUUGAUAUGUUUAAA